GCGCCCCCUAUGUCGCACUCGGCGGCAUGUGCGCCUCUAUGUGCGCCUCUAUCUGCUCUUUGUGUGGAUUAUGCGAGCUGCCAGCGUAUGGAGCAUCGCUGCAGAAGCGGAGACCGCCUUUGCGUGUGCGCUCACCGAAAGGAGAUCACUUCCACACGGGCAAACUUUUUCUCUUUAAAGAAUGACGUCGUGGGCAUUUUUUAUUAUUUAGAAACUAUUGAGAAAGCCUAUAGAGCAGUUCUUUAUCUGGAAGUUUUUUAGGAAACCGCAAAAGGAUGUUAUACUGAGGGCUCUUCCUGAACUGCAUCUCAGCAGCGCUACACUAGUUUGUUUUUUUUUAACUCACUCAUCUAGUUCUCUGUUCCCAUCUUGUUAGUCGGUUCCCCGAAAUCGGGAGUGCGAAGAAAACACGGAGGUGAUUGAUGUUUCAUGUGAAAUGGACGUGAGAUUUUACCCACUCGCACCUCAGCCACCAUCAGCAACAGAUUCGUCCUGCGUGGGACUCGGAUCGGACUCAUUUCAUUGCAAUAAGCUUAACAGUGAAAAGAUGUACAUGGGAGUGCCGGACCUGGGCCAGGAUUUCCUGCCAGUCGGUCAGUUCCGUGUACCUGAGCUACCCAGCCAAAGCCAGCAGAACAUGAAGCAGGCAGGAGGCCCCUGGAAAAGAGAGGCCCCCACUCACCUGGACUCCCCCCGUCUGCCCUGGGUAAGCAAACUGACCGUUACUGUAGGCAGUGAUGUAACAGUGGGGUCACCUGCAGAAUGGCACAAUCGGCAGAUGCAGCAAAUGGCUAAUUCAGAGUCAUCACGAUACAGCAGCCAUCCAAAGAUUGAGGCAAUGGGACCCAGGAUCCAAUCAGUGACUGUGCAACAUGGUCACAUGGCCACCUUCAACCAAUCGCAACUUGGACUGAGUGGAGCCAGUGUGACCCAUAGCUUACCAUCUCCUCCUGGAAGCAAGUCUGCAACCCCGUCUCCCUCCAGCUCAGUGCAUGAAGAUGAGCCUGAGGACUCAACAAAGGCAAGUGGAGGUGAGAAAAGACCUGCGUCGACUGGGAGUAAGAAGCCCAAGACCCCUAAGAAAAAGAAGAAGAAGGACCCCAACGAGCCCCAGAAGCCGGUGUCGGCCUACGCGCUCUUCUUCAGGGACACCCAGGCGGCCAUCAAGGGCCAGAACCCCAGCGCCACCUUCGGGGAGGUCUCCAAGAUCGUAGCAUCUAUGUGGGACGGCCUGGGGGAGGAGCAGAAGCAGACGUACAAGAAGAAGACCGAAACUGCCAAGAAAGAGUAUCUCAAACAGCUGGCAGCGUACAGAGCAAGCCUGGUCUCUCAGAGUUAUGCAGAGCAAGUGGAGGUGAAGUUGAGCCCAGCUGCCCAUUUGAUCAGCCCCAGACCUUCACCCCCGAGCCCCUAUCUGGGACAGGCCUACCUGCAGCAGGCCAGGCUGGGCUCCCACUUUGCGCCGAUGGCCCCCACCUUGGCCCCUCAUGGUGUCACUGCCUCGCCCCCACCCCAGCAUCAGCCUAUCGGAAUGCACUCCUCCUUCAUGCCACAGGGUUUCCCCAUGCAGACGGAAUUCCAGAGCGCCGUAAAUUCCACGGCGUCAACUCUGACGGCGCAGAUGGAUCUCGCCCAUGGCGGCUGCAGGAAUCCUAUGGGCCCGGGACUCGACUGGGCUGGAUCCUACUGCAGUGCUGGAUCUGAGCCACUACCAACGUCCCUGCAGAGAGAGAAGCCGCUCUACCUGCACUGAUUGGCUGAUCGGCGUCUUGCUCCCUGUCCCCUGUCCCAGUCCCCCUGUCCCUGUCCCUGUCCCCUGUCUGUAGGACAGUGACAACGUGGGUCUUUGUGUCUGAACAAGUCAAAGUCCCAUCAGGCAGUUUUUAAACAUGCGGCUUAACUGUCAGCAAAAGCUUUUGAACAUUUAUUUUUUCCCACCUUUUAUUUAUGAUAUAAACAGCUUGUUUUUGUUGGCAAAUUAGAGGGUCUGUUAAAAAUCGUGACGUGUCGGAGGUCCAGACAAAGAACCAGCGAUAGCAGUAGUUUGGAUCGCAGGCCGGCGCCGAAUCCAGUGGGUCACCCCGGCUCCCAAGGGCUAUCGAGCGGCACAUGGAACCAAAAUAAAAACCCCGAUACUUAUUUAAUGACCUGCUCCUUAUUUAAAAAUGCUAGCUAUGAAAACAGAGAAGGGCACCAGGAUGAUAUAGCUUUUUAUGUUUUUAAUUUUUAUAAUAUUUUAAUUUAUUUUUUAUUAUUGUUAUUAUUGCUUUUUAUUGUUUGCUCUGGAAUCCUAUACUAGUGAAUUGCCUUAGAAACUGUAGCAUAUAUCAAUAAACAAAAGUCCCAUUUUCCUUUUUAAAUGGAUGUUGAAAUAAGCUACAAAGGGCACUUGAUUGCUUGUUAUAACUUGUUAUAUGGAAAACUUGUAAAUACAAGGUAUGUCACUCUCUUAGAGUAUAAAAACAAUUUCUUAAAAUGCUUGAUCCUUAGAUAGGGUCAGUCCAGUUCAUUUAAAUCUUCAAAAAAAGGGUGUAUCUCGUUGUCGCAUAUUGACAUAUUAAGCAUCAUUUAACAAAGCUGGUGGGUCUAUUUAAGACGAAAGAGGAUUCACAACAAUAUUUAAGUAGCUGUAGCCUGCAUCCCGUGGAGUAGCAUUAAACAUCGCAGUAGAUCGACCAGGAGACGGCGUGUGAGAUAAUGUUCAUUUUGUCCAGGUCUGCCAAUGCAUACAUCUCACAGUGUGCUGACUGAGGUUCUUCACGCCUGUGUGAAUCGAACUACCACAUCCUGUCCUGAAGCCAUUCAGAUCCAGGGGGCUGGAGAGAAGGCUGAAAUUUGCCUGUUUAUUUUUGUUCCUUCAUAUCGUGUCUGUCUUUUUAUGGAACCUGUGUCAGCAAUUCAUUAAAACUACGAAUGAAUGUAGGUGUUUGUAAUUAUCCGGUAGCUUGUGAAGGAUGCCUGUCGCCUGCUCGUGGCAGAUGUAAUCCCAACAGCUCUGUGAAUACUCUAACUCUUUUGUUUUUAUUGUGUAAAAAAAAAAAAUAAUAAAGCCAAACCUGCAUUCCUGCAGUCAUCAGA